UGUUCGAUUCUCGUCACUCGCGCGCAGUUGGCCCGCAAGCUGUACAACACACCACGGUCCGGCCCGUGUGCCAUGUGAAGUGACUCGUCUCGCGCACGCGCGUGUCUGUGUGUGUCAAUGUGCGACGCGCUCACCACCCUCAUGGGGAAGAUCAACUUCGCGGUGUCGAGGUGUCCGAGCAGUGUGUCGGCUCUGACCGACAGGCUGCCGUCGUUACAGUGGGGCUGGCCUCAGUUCCUCACCAUGCCGGCCGUCAGGGGCCGCAAGGGCUGGUGUGGUUGCCUCCAGGAUGAUGAACCGCCCGAGAUCACCUACUGUGUGGUGGACCAUACAGGAACCCUCUCCCUACAGACACUCACCCCCACCCAGCCCAUGCCCACCGAGGAGGAGCUCAACUCCAAGUUCGCCGAGUUGGUUGAAGAAUUGGACCUGACUGCUCCCAACAAGGCAGCCAUGCUCAGCCUGCCUCUGGAGAAGAAGUGGCAGAUCUACUGCAGUCGGAAAAGGGACCAAGAUGGAACAACGGAUUUGUCACAGUUACCGGAGGAGUACAUCGAGAGAGUGCAGGCUUUGGCCAAGGUGAUGGGGUCUGAAGAUGGUGUGGACGAGCAGGAGAUGGUUAGUCGGACCCGGACACUGGACUCACUGAAGACUGCCCUAAGGACACAACCCCACAGCUUUGUCCUGAGGUUUGUCGAAUGUGACGGACUCAUUGCUCUGUUGAAUUGUCUGGCAGCCAUGGACUACGACAUGGCACAAUCUCCUGCGCACACAUCUCUCAUCGGCUGUGUCAAAGCUCUCAUGAAUAACUCAACGGGAAGAGCUCAUGUCCUCGCCCACCCCACCGCUAUCAACACCAUCUCGCAGAGUCUGGCAACGGAGAACAUCAAGACUAAAAUUGCGGUGCUGGAAAUCCUCGGUGCGGUGUGUUUAGUACCAGGUGGCCACAAAAAGGUGCUGGACGCCAUGACACACUACCAGCGGUUCUCCUUCGAGCGUAGCAGGUUCCAGGGAAUUAUAAACGACCUCGAUCGCAGCACAGGGGCUUACAGAGAUGAUGUCUGCCUCAAGACAGCCAUCAUGUCGUUCAUCAACGCAGUGUUAAACUAUGGCCCCGGUCAGGAAAAUCUGGAGUUCCGUCUGCAUUUGCGGUACGAGCUGCUCAUGCUGGGGAUUCAGCACGUCAUCGAGAAACUGCGGCGGCAUGACAACCAGACAUUGGACAGGCAUUUAGAUUUCUUUGAGAUGGUCAGAAAUGAAGACGAGAAGGAACUUGCUAGGAAGUUUGAAAAGGAACAAGUCGACACUAAGUCAGCCUCAGCGAUGUUUGAUGUAUUGAGACGUAAACUGAGCCACACAGCUGCCUAUCCCCAUCUCCUGUCACUGCUACAUCACUGUAUCCUUCUGCCUUUGGAUUACGGUAGCCAACCUCAACACUGGUUGUUGUUUGAUCGAGUGGUGCAGCAGCUGGUGAUGCAGACAGAGAACGGCUCAGACCCGGACUCUUCCCCCCUCAACAUCAACGUCAAAGAGAUUGUACAACUAUUAGCCAAAGAAGAAGAGCUUAUUGCUGCAAGAAACAAAGCGGAUGAGCUGGAAAAGGAGAAUACUGACAUGGCAACAAAACUCGCAAAGAAAGAACAAGAGCUUGAUUUGAGGACACAGGAGAAGGAAGACAUGGAGGCAAGCUUGUUGCGGGUGAAGGAGAGGCUGGAGAAGGAGACUGCAGCCCACCUGGAGUCCAGGCAGAAGAUCUCUCAGCUGGAGGACCGGACCAGUGACCUGGAACAUCGGGUGUGUUGUGAGGAGAGUGAACGACUGAGGCUGGAGAGGUUGCUCAGUUCUGGAUCUCUGCCUGAUGAUGCCAAGGCUGUUGGACUGGGUAAACUUAAUGGGUUGGAAAAUGGUCACGAUACAAAUCGGUUAUCCGAAGCUGGAGGUAAGGUUCCUCCUCCCCCUCCUUGCCCUGCACCCGCCAUGCCACCCCCACCUCCUCCUGCGCCUGGACCUCCUCCACCGCCCUCUGCACCCAAUCCUCCUGCCUCACUCACAGCACCCCGCCCUGCUGUCGUCAAAAAUGUGCCCCAGCCAUCAAACCCGCUCAAGUCAUUCAACUGGUCCAAACUACCCGACACGAAAGUGACUGGGACCGUCUGGACAGAACUGGACGACACCAAACUCUACACUGCUAUGGAGCUGGAGAACAUCGACAAACUUUUCUGCGCCUAUCAGAAAAAUGGAGUUGCAAAUGAUGGAUCGAUUGAAGAUCUUAGACAACUUGGAAAAGGCAAGACAAAGAUCCUAUCGGUCAUCGAUGGUAGAAGAGCACAAAACUGCACAAUUCUGCUGUCAAAACUGAAGAUGUCGGAUGAAGACAUAUCAAAGGUGAUCAUGAGCAUGGACAGUCGGGACCAGUUACCCCUGGACAUGGUCGAACAGCUGCUCAAGUUUACUCCCAGCUCCGAGGAGGCUGCUCUGCUGGAGGAACACAGUGAGGAGAUUGAUAAUCUGGCACGUGCCGACCGGUUCCUCUACGAGAUAUCCAAGAUACCUCAUUAUGAACAGAGGCUGCGCAGUCUACACUACAAGAAGAGGUUUGGUGUAUGGGUGAAUGAGAUCGAGCCACGGGUGAGAGCUGUGAUGGAAGCAUCCCGAGAAGUGUCCAGAUCUAGGAGGCUGAGAAGACUGCUGGAGAUCGUGUUGGCACUGGGGAACUACAUGAAUCGUGGAGCCCGUGGGAAUGCCACAGGGUUCAGGCUUGGCUCCCUGAAUCGCCUCGCUGACACCAAGAGUAGUGCCUGCAAAGGCACGACACUGCUGCAUUAUCUAGUCGAGAUCCUUGAAAAGAAGUUCAGAGACGUUCUGAGGCUGGAGGAGGACCUACCACAUGUGAAAGAAGCAGCCAAAGUCAGCCUGGGAGAGUUGGAGAAGGAUAUGGCACAGCUUCGCAACAACCUGAAGGAGGUGGAGAGAGAACUGGAGUUCCACCGAGUACAGCCUGUGCAGCUGGUGGACAGGUUCCUACCCGUCAUGAAGGAAUUCCUAACCAGUGCCACCUGCCGCUUCUUCUCCGAACUCGAGGACCUCUUCCAGGACAUGAAAACGAGGUCUAGUGACGAGGAAACUCAUCGCUCUUCCAAUGACAGUGGAAGUGACAAUGAGGACCAAUGUGAAGUUGAUGAAGUAGAGGACACAGAUGUGGACGAUAUAGACGCAGAUGAAACCUACUUUCCACCAGAAAAAGGCCUCAGAGUUUACGAGAGUGAAUCAGAGUCAGACAGUGACAAUGAGGUGAAACGUAAGAAGAAGAAAAGGCGUAAGUCUAAUAUUGAGCUUCCAUCAACAUCUACCGCACAGCAAGAGACAUUCAAGCGAAAGUUCAAACAACGGUUUCCGUUUCACCAGAGGAAGUGGAUGACGGGAAGCGGAGGUGACAGUGUUGACUUGGAGAAGACAUAUCUGGGCGGCCGUGGCUCCGUGCACUCUUCCCACAGUCCGGGAUACGACUGGAGACGGUCGUACAGAGCCACGUCACACAACGGUGCCGCACAGUACAGCCGCGCUUCCUCCAGAGCCAAAGACUUGUACGUGUUCCACAACAAGAGUUCCACCGUGGUCAGGCAGGCCAGCAACACCGAGCUUGAAGAAUUGUGCUUAUGA